UUCAUAUAGCUUUCUAACUCUCUUGUAAGAUCGAGCAGCAAGUGCCUCAGGAAGUGGCCAAUUUGAUAAUGCAUCCUUGCAACGGCGCUCCUUCCUUUUCUGCUUUAUAACCCCUGUCCGUCACUCCCGGUUCUUGAACUCACACUUGCCAAUGAAAUACUCAUAUGAGGAACCUACACUAAGGCACACUGGUACCACGAGCGACCCCGAUACCUUGGGCCGUAUAGUAUCAGUUUGACCUCUGGAGAUGUUGGAGACUGAAGGUCAGCCACAAGCAAGUGUCAGUCAUGCCAGUAUAAUCAACCAUCAAAAGCCUUGGACAUCAAUGCUGGGUGGCCCUGCAGGUGGCUGUGGGCAAAGUGUUCCUGAUAUUGUUUCCCUCGAGAGUCAAGCAACACAUCGUGGCCAUGAACCAGAAGAACCCCCACUUUUCCUAUGACAACUGGGCCCCAACUCUGUACAGCGUGCAGUAUUUCUGGUUUGUCCUGAAGGUCCGAUGGCAGCGACUCGAGGACAGGACUGAGCCAGGAGGUCUGGCCCCCAACUGCCCCGUGGUCCGGCUCUCAGGACAGAGGUGCAGCAUCUGGGACUUCAUGAAAGGCAACCGGCCAUUGGUGCUGAAUUUUGGAAGUUGUACCUGACCUUCAUUUCUUUUCAAAUUUGACCAGUUCAAGAGACUUAUCGAAGACUUUUGCUCCAUAGCAGACUUUCUCAUCAUCUACAUCGAAGAAGCACACGCAUCAGAUGGCUGGGCUUUCAAGAACAACGUGAACAUCAGGAAUCAUCGGAAUCUCCAGGACCGCCUGCAGGCAGCCUGCUUGCUGCUGGACAGGAGCCCCCAGUGCCCUGUGGUGGUAGACACAAUGAAGAACCAAAGCAGCCGGCUCUAUGCAGCGCUGCCCGAGAGACUCUAUGUGCUCCAGGCAGGCAGGAUCCUCUACAAGGGUAAACCUGGCCCUUGGAACUAUCAUCCAGAGGAAGUUCGCGCUGUUCUGGAAAAGCUCCACAGUUAGUCUGGGCAGAUCCCCCAGCC